UACUGUAGUUAUCCGGAGUAAAUUGUAAAAUAGGCUACUCUUACUGCAGUCAGAUAGUUACUCUGUCUUGUCACACUGGUAACUGAAGAAAUUGGCCGAUCACUGGCUUCUAAUUACAAACACGAGAAAUAAAAUCCGUGGACUCGUGGGGGGAUAACCACAAACGUGUUCCGCCCAUAUAUAAUUUGUGCACGCGACUAAAGUUUGGCAAGCUGUCAGGAAACUACGCACGACUGGACGCGAAAACCAUCGAACUUCCCUCAGCCGUGCUCUGGCUGGCAACACUUUCGAGUUAAAAGUUUAUAUUUUUAAAUGGCGCUCUUCCCUAGAUGUCUUCUCCGAGGUGUAUCUUCCCAAAUCAGAAACUUAAAUGUAAUGCCAUCGAGUCCUAAAUUCAUGUACGAGAGCGCGCGCUGCAGCAGCAAUACCUCAGGUGUGAGAGAAAGGACUCUUAUCGCCGUCAAACCUGAUGGGGUUCACCGACGUCUCAUCGGCCAGAUCAUCCAGCGCUUUGAGAAGCGCGGAUUCCAGCUUGUUGGCCUGAAAAUGCUACGGGUGUCCGAGGAGUUGUUGUCGCAGCAUUACUCUUCCCUGUGUAAAAAGGCCUUUUAUCCCAGCCUACUGCACUACAUGACCUCAGGGCCUGUGGUUGCCAUGGUCUGGGAGGGGCAUAACGUGGUGCGGUCCUCCCGCAUGCUGGUUGGAGACACAAACCCUGCCGAGGCUCCUUCUGGGACUAUUCGGGGAGAUUUCAGCAUUCAUAUCAGCAGGAAUGUGAUCCAUGCAUCUGACUCUGUUGACGGGGCACAGAAGGAGAUCGCACUUUGGUUCCAGAACUCAGAGCUGAUGGAAUGGAAGUGCUGUGACCACGACAACCUGUAUCAGUUCUGAAGGACAAAGCAAUGGACAAUGCAGAGAUGGAGGGAGAUGGAGAGAGGGAGGGAGGGAGAGGUGCGAGAGGACGCAAGAGGGAUAGAGAACAGGUGCAGUGCAACAUGGGCAGUGGCGAGCGACGAGUCUCCUACCUCAAGCACUGCUCUUGUGCAUCCUUCUGAUCAACGCACACGCCCUUAACAAACAUACUUGAGAGUUUUGCAGGGGAAUGGAGAAUCAGUAAUCUAUAAGGACGAGUGGGUAUUAACUUGUAGUUUAAUGUAAUAACAUGGACGUGGUCGGAUGUAAUAGAAGCGCUUACUGUUAAGGAUCAAUUGUUCACCUCCUGGGCUGUAGGCUACUCACAACAAACUGCCUAUAACUUAAUAAGCAAAGACAUGGCAUUGCUUUUUCAAGUACCAGUAAUAUAUUUUAAUAUAAUGACAAUGAAAUGGGGACUUUUUAAAGGCAGCAUGCGAGUGUUAUUGUUGCAAAAAUGUAUCAGUGUUAUAGUGGUGGAGUCAUUUUGUACAAAAAUAAUUUAUAUGAAUUGGCCUUUAGUGUGUCAUUUUCCACAAACUGUGUCAGGAAUCAAAAUAACCAGCAGUGUGUUUUGUAUGUUUUAGAGAUAACUCAGAACUGUUCAGCAAAAUAGUCAACAUACAGAGCAGAUCACCUUUGUACUAACUGGGAAAUAUUGAUAUAUGUUCAAUGUUAUGUGUCUAAGAUGAAUGAUUGAAGAAAUGAAUGACAAAAAAUGAAGAAAGUUCUCCUGGUGUCUAUGUGUCUGUAAUACACAAAGGGCAUGUUGUAACGUCGUAAUGUUGUUAACGCAUAGGCCUAAACCGUAGAGUACGGCCUAUGACAAAACUGCAGUCUGCAGUCUGUCUCACACAGAGGCACUACAGGUCUCUGCAAACAAUGUGUUACCAGUGUCACCUUGUGGCUAAAAGAGAUAUUGUAGACUGAUCACUAUAAAGCAAUUUCAGGAAAGGUUUGUUUGAUACUUUUGCUUAUUCUGUUAAAUGUUACAUGUACUCAUGCAAGUGCCAGAAAUUGUGUAGGAUGUACUUUGCUCAAUCAGAUAAGCAUUUGUUUCAUCUUUAUUUCGAUAUGUGUCAGUUUGAUUAACUUUUUUUAAUAGUUUCUCAUUGCCACAUAGCCCCUCUCAUGCUCUCUUUCAGACAUAGCCAGUAGUAUAAAGCUCAAUGGUCAGAGAGGCACUGUGUAUCAGACAGCUUUGGUAAGCUGGAGACCAAAUACAAUACAGUAACACACACACACACACACACAC